AAGAGAAGAAAUCUAAGCAAAGGCAAGGCACAGCAUCGUCUCCAGCGGAGUCAAACACAAAGACAAGUCGAGAUCCGGCGGCCGGUGGCGUCCUCCUCCCUCUCCCUCCUCCCCAACCAACGGCGCUGAUCCCCUCCGCCAUCUCCGUCCAUCUCCGCCUAAAAAAACUAAGCGAUGUCGGAGGGGUUCGACGGGACGGAGAACGGCGGCGGCGGCGGCGGAGGCGGAGUAGGGAAGGAGCAGGACCGGUUCCUGCCGAUCGCCAACAUCGGCCGCAUCAUGCGCCGGGCCGUGCCGGAGAACGGCAAGAUCGCCAAGGACUCCAAGGAGUCCGUCCAGGAGUGCGUCUCCGAGUUCAUCAGCUUCAUCACCAGCGAAGCAAGCGACAAGUGCCUCAAGGAGAAGCGCAAGACCAUCAAUGGGGACGACCUGAUCUGGUCAAUGGGCACGCUCGGAUUCGAGGACUAUGUCGAGCCUCUCAAGCUCUACCUCAGGCUCUACCGGGAGACGGAGGGUGACACAAAGGGUUCAAGAGCUUCUGAACUGCCAGUAAAGAAAGAUGUUGUACUUAAUGGAGAUCCUGGAUCAUCGUUUGAAGGCAUGUAGGACGAGGAGUGUGAUAGCAUCUAGGAAGGAGAACCAUCGUUUUUAGGGAAAGAACGCUCCAGCAUCCUGUUAUGUUGUAAGCAGGAUGCUUCUAAAGUUCCAAUACCUUGUUACCACGAAUGUUAGUCGUCGUUCUUUUUGAAAUGUUCUUGUGUUAGCCAGGAUGUCCAAAUUUGUUGUAGGUUCUAGUUCAGUCGUGUGUUGUGUGGUUGUGUCUAACCAUAUUUGGCCGUUUCCGGCUGUCCUGCAUAUGCUAAAUUCAGAGGGGUAAAGAGAUCUAAGAGAAACUUUUCUAAACUCUUACGCAAGCAGGUGUGAUGCUGACACAAGUUUAUGCAAAGUUGGGUUUCAAAUUCAA